AUGGAGGCCCUGCAGAGGCAGCAGGCAGCCCGCCUGGCCCAAGGGGUGGGGCCUUUGGCCCCUCCACACUCACUGCCACCACCACUACCUCCCUUGCCUGCCCCCCGGACCCUUCAGGCCCCUGAGGGGGUCUUGGGGGAGGUUGGGACUGAAGAAGAGGAGGAUGCUGAAGAGGAUGAGGAAGGGGAGGAAGCCGGUGCAGAGGAGGAGGCAGCUGAGGAGAGCCAUCCAGGGACACAGGGCCCCAGCUCACCUUCCAGCCAACCCCCUGGACCUCAGCCCCAUGAAUGGACCUACGAGGAACAGUUCAAGCAGCUGUACGAGCUUGAUGGAGACCCCAAGAGGAAGGAAUUUCUGGAUGACCUGUUUAGCUUCAUGCAGAAGAGGGGGACGCCAGUGAACCGUGUGCCCAUCAUGGCAAAGCAGGUGCUGGACCUGUACGCGCUCUUUCGCCUGGUGACAGCCAAAGGCGGCCUGGUGGAAGUCAUCAACCGCAAGGUGUGGCGGGAGGUCACGCGCGGCCUCAGCCUGCCCACCACCAUCACGUCCGCAGCCUUCACUCUACGCACCCAGUACAUGAAGUACCUGUACCCGUACGAGUGCGAGACGCGGGCGCUCAGCUCCCCGGGGGAGCUCCAGGCAGCCAUCGACAGCAACCGGCGCGAAGGCCGUCGUCAGGCUUACACCGCCGCCCCGCUCUACGGCUUAGCUGGGCCUACCCCUCGGGGAACUCCGGGCCAAAUCUUGGGUCCUGGCGCCGCCCCGCCCACGCCCACGCCCAGCCCCCGUCCUGCCCAAGGCUCCGCCUCCGGCCUGCCGGCGCACGCCUGCGCGCAGCUGAGCCCGAGCCCCAUUAAGAAAGAGGAAACCGGAAUUCCAGCCCCUCGACUGGCACUGCCUGUGGGCUUGGCUUUGGGACCUGCAAGGGAGAAGUUGGCACCAGAGGAGCCCCCAGAGAAGAGGGCUGUGCUGAUGGGGCACAUGGAUCCACCUCGACCUGGAGCUCCCCCCAGUUUCCUGCCCCGUGGCAAGGUUCCCCUGAGGGAAGAGCGGCUGGAUGGGCCUCUCAGUCUGGCAGGCAGUGGUAUCAGCAGUAUCAACAUGGCCCUAGAGAUCAACGGGGUGGUCUACACUGGUGUCCUCUUUGCCCGUCGCCAGCCUGUGCCAGCUUCCCAGGGCCCAACCAACCCUGUACCUCCACUCCCUACAGGGCCCCCUUCCAGCCCCUCACCUUGA